CCAGGGCACCAAGAGGCACUGACGCGAAGUACCCUAAAGAAACGAGGUUUAGGGUUGUCGGUGGGGAGAUUGUGGACUCCCCAGUGGCGGAAAGCUCAGCGGGUACGCCCAUGGGAGAAAUCGCACCGGUGAAAGAAAAGGGUACGAUUGACCUCACGGCAGCGAUGAGUGACACCGGAGAGGAUAGCGUCCUGAACAGCAUAGGCACAGUGGAGUUCACGUCGAUGACCGAAGCGGAAAAUACCGAGUCAUCCUUCGAAGAAAUUCCACGGAAGGGCAAGAAGAGGGGACGAAAGCCCAAAGGCAGCAACGUGCCGGGAUCACAUGCGCUGACAAAAAUCUCUUCCAAGCGCAUGGAAUUCGAGGACGACGAACUUGAUAGAGAAGACUUCUUCCAAAUCGUGAAGAAGGCCGGGCAUGGAAUGAAAAAGAGGAGAGGUCUGGUCGAAUGUCAAUUGGACGACAGACUAUCCUCGAAACAAAAAGAUGCGAUUGAAGAGGUGACGUUACUUUUUCCGCAAAUGUCGCCUAAGUCAAUAAUGGCGGAAACUCAGAGUAUUAGACCUGGCGGGAGAAGCGGAAAGAAGAACCCAAACGAUGAAAGGGGAUCUACGGCGACAGAUGAAGACAUCGCUAAAAGCACAGGACCCGUUGACGAGGUGAGGAACAGCAAUCUUGCUUUAGAAAGAGAAGUCCUCAAGAUGAGGAGGGAAAUGGAUACUCUGAGGAGGGAGAGAACCGCACUGAAAGACCAAGUGGAAACUCUUACACAAACGGUGCAAGAACUCAGAGAAAAGGAAGAACGUAGAGGACUAGGACGAGGAGGUAUAAAUCCCUCGCAGUUAGAUGAGGAAACAGCGGAGGAAUUCCCGACAUUGAGGACGCGAAAGGGGAAAAACCAACCCUCGGUCCCAAUCGAGUCGGACGAGAUGAGCGAGGCCCUCCUACCCCCGGUGUACAGGCUGGCGCUAGGAGGUGUGCAAAAGAGGAUAGAGGACAGGCCGCGAGUUCGCACGAGCGUAGACAACACUGGUAGGAUCGUGACGAGUGCGAAUGAAGGGACUCGAGAGGAAAAACGAACUACGAGCAGAGCGGUAAGAGCAAAUGAAAUACGUGCGAGAGACAGCUCUUUAUCCCCAGCCAGAGAGUAUCCGGAUAAAGGUGAGGGAUGGAUAAAAACUAAAAGCAGGAGGGCAAUAAAAAGGGCCAGGAGCAAAGAGAGGGAGAAAACAGCUCCGGGAAAAGAUGUCCGGCGGGAAGUGGUGCCGGAAAGAGCUGCCAGACCUAGGAGGGACAGGAACCCAGAUAGGACAACGGAAGCAGCAGUUAGGGGAGCACCAGAAGGAGGAAGAACCGGGGGAGCCAUAAUCCGGAAUACGAACAAAGUACCGGCGCGACCAGCAGCGAGAGACCCGCGUUUCCGAGCACACAGGACCGCAGCAGUCCUGCUGAGAUGCGAGGAAGCAGGGGGAAACUCCGCGCCGACGUACGCGGAUGUUAUGAGAAUGGCAAGAAACAAGAUAUCUCUGGAUGAGCUGGAGAUAUCUAAUACCCGAAUACGUAAGGCCCAGGCAGGGGGAUUGUUGAUAGAAAUCCCGGGCGGAGAAGAGGCCAGUGCGAAGGCGGAAGCACUCGUCGGCCGGCUAAAAACAGUAAUAGCCGGGAGCGAAUUUGAAAAGAGCGUAAGCGUGAUACGCCCGGUACAGAGAGCGGAGGUAAGACUGAUCGAUGUGGAUCAGUCGGCCACGGUAGAAGAGAUAAUAGAGGCGGUGUCCAAAUGCGGAAAGGUGCCUGCUACAAGUGUUAGAGCGGGUUCAUUGAGACAGGGCAGGGGCGGUUUGUGCACCGUGUGGGUUCAGUGUCCGUUAUCGGGAGCGAACCUAAUGCUCAGUAGCGGUAAACUGAGAGUUGGCUGGACUAUGGCAAAGGUGGUCCCACUGGCAAAGAGGAGGCUGCAAUGCUUCCGGUGCCUCGCGGUGGGACACACCAGAGCUAACUGCCUAAGCAUCGUGGACAGAUCGUCGUGGUGCUUCCAGUGCGGGGGAAGCGAUGGCCAUAGGGCAUUCGGGUGUAAAGCCUCGCCGAGAUGCCCAGUGUGCGCCGCGAGAGGCAUGAACGCGAACCACAGAGCGGGAUCAGCGUCGUGCGUACCGUAUAACGGGAGAGGGGAAACACCGCGAAGUGAAGAACUAAACGCGGUAGGAACGGAGAAAGCGAGUGAGGGGGCUGAUCGGGGGGCCCAGGCUUCAGGAUCGAGGCCCUCGCAGGACCACAUAGGAAAGGUAUCCGAAGAACUGGACAUCGGACUGGUCGCCGUGGCGGAACCCGCUCGAAUACCGGAUAGCGAUAAAUGGUUCGCCUCUACGGGAGAGCCACCGUCCACGGCGAUAACGUGGCUAUGGGGAGGCGCGAGGACGCCGUGCGCACCCCGGUGUAGGGGAGCGAGAUUCGCGGCUGUGGACUGGGGGGACGUGACGAUCGUCUCGUGUUACUUUCCCCCCAGCCUCAGCAACGCCGAAUUCAUCCAAGAUCUGGACGAGAUGGACGAUAAGUUGCGGGACGUAUUGCGGAGGGGACACCCGACGAUAGUGGCCGGCGACUUUAACGCCAGAGCGCAGGCCUGGGACCCAGGAAGGCCAAACAGGAGGGGAGGCAUCCUUCUGGGCUGGAUGGGGACUAGGGGACUGCAACUUAUUAACAAUGGAGUCGAGCCCACGUGCGUGCACUCCCGGGGAACAUCCGACGUAGACAUCACGUUGGCAACACCAACCGCAGCUAGGAAGGUUGCUGGCUGGAGGGUCGCGACCGAACAGGAAUCUUUAUCGGACCAUAGAUAUAUCCUAAUGGAUCUAGGAGCCUCGUUGAGGGGCACUGAGAUAGGUAGAACGGCGCUGAAAAAAUUCCCGAGAUGGGUCACACGACGCAUCGACCGGGAUAUGAUGGAGGCGGCAGCGGUAUUCUCGGCGUGGGAAGGAGUGCCAGAGGACGGUGCCCGGAGCGCAAAGAGAAUAGAUGAGAUUCUACGGGAUAUAGCGGACGUAGCAAUGCCUAGGAAGGGACUCACUAAACGUCCAUCGGUGUACUGGUGGAACGAGGAAAUAGAGGAGCUCCGAUGGGCUUGCAAUAAAUGGAGAAGGAGACUAACGCGAAUGAGAGGGAGAAGACGCGCCUGUCCAGAAAACGUUAGGACGCUAUGGGACGGAUUGAAAGAGGCCAGGCGAGAGCUCAGGAGGGCCAUAAGUAAAUCUAAGGCCAAAAUGUGGAAAGAGCUAGUGAAUGACUUAGAGAGGGACCCAUGGGGAUUGCCCUAUAAAGUGGUCACCAAGAAACUGUCUACCGGCGGUGCCUCUAUCGUGGAGACUUUAUCACCGGACGUCGCGGAAGGGAUAAUAUCGGUGCUGUUCCCAAAAGGAAUUACAUCCCAAAACAACGGGACGACGAUGGAAUGGCAGGAAGAACUCGCGGUGACGCAUGAGGAGGUGCUGGAAGCCUGUGCGGGUGUUAAAAUCGGCAAGGCUCCAGGACCGGAUGGCAUACCCGGAGGUGUCAUAAAAGAAACUAUAGGACAGCUCAUCCCUCUUUGGGUAAAGUGCUUCACGGAGUGCCUCAAAGAGGGAUACUUCCCCCGGCAGUGGAAGGUCGCGAGACUGGUGCUUCUGAAAAAACGGGGUAAACCGGACCUCGCUCCGUCCUCAUACAGGCCGAUCUGUUUACUGAGUGAGGCGGGGAAGAUGCUUGAACGCAUCAUCGUGAAUAGGUUAAGCGCAUUUCUGGAACGGAAUGAAGGCAUAGCCGGGAGCCAGUUCGGUUUCAGAAAGUACCGCUCCACAAUAGAUGCAGUGUGGAGACUGCGAGAAAGCGUGAUGAGGGCCUGCGAGACGGUGGGGUGGUGA